CCGGGGUUCCUCAGCACACACCCUUUUCUCCAACCACACAGAACGCGUCUAUCAUAGAACGCAACCAAUAGAACGAGGAUUCAUACAACUUCUUGUCGCAAGUAGUAGCAAAAUGCAUGAGGCUAACUCACUCAACCAAAGUUAAGUGGCACGGAAUUAUAUAAACCUACGCAUCCCUCUCUCUUCCUUCUACACCGAACAUCGCAGACUUGACCAACUCUAUCAACUUUUGAACUAUUCCAAAGAAAUUUCAACAACCCCUCACCAACCCACCAACCACACAAACAACCACCAAGAUGAAGCUCACAAUCUCCACCCUCCUCUUCACCCUCCUCACCGUCGCAGCCCGUCCACUAGCCUUACAAGCCGAACAGCACAGCAGCAUAUCCGGCACUCCGUGUUCACUUGUAAACUGCAAAUCCGCCUGUUUCCGUAGUCCAGAGGCUUGUCAUGCGCUCUGCCAGGGGGACAAAGACCUUCCCCUCUGCGCCAUCGGCACCACGCCCCCACAUGCUAGUCGCGUCCCCUUCCUCCCUGGGAUUCAUCGGAAUCAUACCAUCUCAAAUCUACUCAAGGACGCGGCGAAAGUGCAUAUUCCUAUCCGCGACGAUUCUACCUCCAACCCACCGCCAUCCAAACUUUCCAUUCCAACACCCUACUGCUCCGAGUUCGAAUGCAACAACAUCUGCGACCCGUGCUGGAUAGGGUGGCCAGAGGAAGCUCCAAUGGCUGAUCUGUGUGUGAGGUGGUGUAAUGAUAAUGUUUAUAUGCCAAUGUGUCCCGAGGGCGUUACACCAGUAUAUGAGGACAUUUAAGUGAGGAUGUGUGUGCCACGAGGAGUGGAUGUCUGGGCGAUGAAGAGGAAGGGGAGACUGAGAAGGAGCAAGAACCUGGGCUGAGAGGAUAUGUCUGAUGCUGGCAAGGGUAUUGACGCAGAAUGAUAGGUAAUAGUGGGGGGUACUCAGGGGACAGAGAUAGCAUGAAUACAGAGGAAUGGAUGUAUCACCUACAACACAACCCCUAUCACAGCAUACAAACUUUCCUCACCGCACCUUCCUCGCAUCCUUCGCCUCACAAGCCCCACACCUCCUCACCCACCUAAUCUCCUUCCCACUACCGCUACCGCUACCAUUACAACUCGUCGGCAACUAACCCCCAUCCCUAU